CAGACAGAGAGAGGCAGAGGAGGUAUCUGGUGCUGGUGGUGUGCUCUCUACUUUACACUACUUUACUCGAACAAGCUCUAGCUUUCAACUUCCACUCUCAGGCUAGACCCUGUUGUCAAUACCCUGCGACACCGGCCUCCUUUUCAGCUGUUUCCCUUCCCAUUACUUCUUUUCUUUUUCGCCGUCGCUACUACUCGCCAUCGACUCUUCUGUUCCCUCUGCGUUGUCCGUCCUUUUUGUCCGCAACAUCGGAGCUCCGCCAUAGCUGUACUUCCGACCAUGUCACCUUAAAAUAUAAUAUCGACGUUCUUUCACAAUGACUACGGAUUCGCUCGCGCAUCAUCCGACGGAGUCUCUUAUCCUUCCCAACAAGCGCCGCUUCUUCCCCUUCAAAAUUCCCAACUUUCAUCAACAACUUCGCAACUACAUUAGCACCGCGGACCCGGACAGGAUCUACGUUGUCGUCGAGCGAGUCAUCUACUCGAUUCACAUUUCAUCACAAAAGCGGGAGACCAUUGCCGUUAUUCCGUUUGAGCCAAAAUGUCUUGCUGCUGGUUACGGCUGGAUUGGGGUGGGGGGCGCCGAUAAUGGAGAAUGCGCAUUUGUUGGGCUAUCGUCCGAUCGGAGUCCGCGCGCCCGUGCCGAUACACCGGCUUUCCAGCCGUCGGACGUGGACAGUGCUUUGCCAAUCGAUCUUGACCCUCCUGCGAGGAUAUCGCCGCCUUGGAUGCCUGGCGACGAACCUGGACCGGCUCGCCAUGGCAAUAGAAGGCAGGUUCCAGAGGUGCAAUUGCACAAGUUCGGAGGCAGUAUCGUCAACUCAGUGACGAUCCACCGUCUGCCUGGGGAUGGAAAGGAGUUAGCGGAGGAAGAUAUAGCCAUUCUGAGUAACAACGAUAAGACUGUUACCGUUUACUCCCUGGCCCGGUCGAAAGUCCUCAAGGUGCUUCAUCAUCCGGCGUGCAUGAACUAUGCGAUCAUGUCACCAGAUUCAACUAUCCUUGCUGCGGUUGGUGAUGAGACUCGUGCAUAUUUCUAUGAUUUUACCCGCGACCUUGAUGCUGUGACUGUAACGGAUGAGGGUGACAAAGUUUGUGGGUGGAACUGGGACCUUCUUCGUUGUAUAGAAAUGGACAUAGGCACACGCUUUGACGAUGGAUGCUGUUUCACUGUCGCUUUUUCUCAAUUCAGUCGAUUAUGCGCGAUCGGUUCGCAAUCUGGAGUCAUCACCAUCUUUGAUGUGGGGACCAUCCGCGAUAUUAUACGCCAGCCUCAGGGCCAGAAUGCGAUCAUCUGUCGCUUCAACUCAUCCAGAGCUUGUUGCAAUGGAGGCGCUGUACGAUGUAUGGCGUUUGCACCUGAGCCCUGGGAUCUUCUGGUAUGGCUCGAAGACAAGGGGCGAGCUGGGAUUGCCGAUGUUCGUCGCGGUUUCGUUCGCAGGCAGAUACUGGAAUUGGAUAUGAACGAGCCCGAGUUGCAGGAAGUCCGUACGGAGCCAUUGCUAGAUGAUUUAUUAUUCGAACUCGAUGGUCGAGCCUCCCCAGACACACGGCAUGAACUCGACGCAACACAGCGAGCGAUUGACUCGUUAGAGGGAGCACUCCAUAACCAAGGCGCGACGGGUUCCGGCAACUCGCCACUAAGUGAGAGCCUGGUACAGGACCUCACAGAAAGAGAGAGGCUGAUUGUUGAAUUUUUGAAUACAGCGCGAUGGACGUCGAGGAUGGAAGACGGGUUAGCGGAGCGGCGAGCUAGAGCUAAUGCUCAUCCUCACCCUCCAGUGCGCCCCCGGUUCCACGGUCCCACAGAUGAGGCCACUCGAGCCUCCGGUCCUACUUCGCCUCCACCACGCAGUCAUCCAAGCCGAGAGUUGUACCAGGAAGACUCGCAAUCGGGAACUGGUGAUCGUAGUCAGCAUGCGAGACGCCGGGGCUCUGUCCUACUGACCCCUAGCCAGAAUGAAGCCAGCAGUAGAACACCCGAAAUAGGACUGGCAAACCCCGAUCCGCAGCCUAGUAUUACACUCAGCUGGACCGCUUCGCCCUCAGAGAUCUACCCUAAUCGAUCAGACACCCCUGCGCAUGCUACAGAUUCAAGCUCCAGUGAGCUUAACAGUUCUGGUAACGAGCAUGGCUCCGCGGCUCGGCUUCAUGGCACAAUGAACCGUCCGUCCGCCAAUUUUGAUUAUUCUAAUACCACAGCAGACUUGUUGCCCCCGCCAAGAAACCACCAACGAUCCCGUUCAGGCCACAGACGGCUAGAGAGUCAGGAUGGCACGCCCGAGGUCCUGCAAGACACACCGCGGCUCUCGGGCACCGAAUUGAGAGCCAGCGUGGCUGUGGAACGCCUUCGACGGCAACAGCGACAGAACGCCAUGUUACCGCACAGCCGGCAAAGUCACCUGCGGUAUCGGCAAACCCAGUGGGAUUUCGAACAAGCUCGUUCCCCUCGAUGGAUUCGUAACGUGCUGAAUGAACUUCCUGAUCGUAGUCUGGGCAUUGGUCGAGACCAGGAACCGGGUAGCACAGCUGGUAUUGGUUGGGGUGCAGAUGGCCGAACAUUAUACGUCGCCACUGUGGACGGAAUCUUCGAAUUCCAGGUCAAUGUAACGGACAGGAAGACCUUCCCUGUCAUCACCUAUCGUUAACAAGUAAUUCAUGAGCCCUGUCACGGGUAAAGUUCUGGGAUAGUUGCUGAGCACGACAUUUGCCUCAAGGUUGAGCGGCUCGUCCAACAUCCCCAUGACUCUUAUUAUUAUUUACUAUAUUCUAUUUGGAUUUUGUGAUGUGUUUUAGUUCGCGCGGGUAUAUGAGAGGGCGCAGGGUCUGACGGAUAAUUGGCAUUCAGCAUACAAGAUUGAACGAUUGGGGAUAGAACACCAUCUUUUGAUGUUGAGGGGGAAAUCGGGAAUGUCCACCACGAUGGAUCCCUGGUUAUUCCCUGGCACCCCUUUUCCAGCACGGGUAUUUGCGCGUUUGUUUCGGGAGCAUUCCGAUUGUAACAUUGGGUUCAAAUCAUCGUUUCGCAUUUGCUUUUGGCGUUCUGGCGACUGUAUAUGAUGAAUGACUUUUUGUACAAGGACCACGCUACCUUGUAUUGUUAUUAGUAGGGCACAUGAACAGGAAUAAAAAGUUGUGAUAUUCUGUGCCGACUGGCUGAGUUGCCUUUUCCAUUCAUCACUUUGGGGAAGCAGAAACUGUGCAAUAAUACCACAACCCCUGGAG